AUGAUGCUAACGAUGAUAGGAAUGCUUCAGGAAUUCUCGAGAAGAAAGCGAGCGAAAUGGAUGAUAACUAAGGAAGCAAAACUAGAAGUUUAUUUGAAGUGGUUUGCUUUUGACAGCUUUUCCCCACCUCUUCAACGACAACUACUCAUAUAUUCACUAUGGGAUAAUGAGUCGGAUAAAAUUGAGCUCUACAGCACAGAAAAUGGGGCGGAAGUUGAGCAUAUCUAUCGGCAACAAAUUCAUUACAAAUACAUUGACUUUUUCAUGAAUAUCAUUUAUUGCAAUAAUAUCUUAAUAUUAAUACAAAAACAAAAACAUCUCGAUCCAAAGACGCGGAAAAAGUGUCGGAUUCGAAUAUCACCAUCUGACACACAGCAUACAUUAAAAGUUCGUUAA